GCUCCAGGCGCCACCGCCUCCAUUUUGCGGGGGCCGCGGCCCGGAGCCCUUUGCGGGGCGGUGCGGGGCUCGGGGCGGGGCUGGGGGCUCCCGCAAAGCCGUAAGGGGGCUGGGGAGCGUGCAGCCUCAGGAGGGGGUCGGGAGCAGCGGGGCUGGGGGCGCCCGUAGGGCCUGGGGGCGGCUGUAAGGCCUUAGGGGGGCCUGGGGUGCCUGUAGGGCCUGGGAUGCCUAUAAGGCCUCAGGAGGGCCUAGGGGUGUUUAUAGGGCCUUAGAAGGCACUGAGGGUGUCUAUAGGGCCUGGGAGGACCUGUAGGGCCUCAGGAGGGCCUGGGGGCAUCUGUAGGGCCUUAGGCGUGCCUAUAGGGCCUGGAGUUGUCUAUAGGGCCUUAGGAGGACCCUAUAAGGCCUCAGGAGGGCUUGGGGGUAUUUAUGGGCCCUUAGGAGGGCCUGAGAGUGCCUAUAGGGCCUGUGAGGACCUGUAGGGCCUUAGGAGGGCUUUUAGGGGUGCCUGUAGGGCCUUGGGGUGCCUGCAGCGUGCAGCCCCUCAAUGGGGUGUCUGUAGGGCCUGGGGGUGCCCAGCUGUGCAGCCCUUUGGGGGGGGUUUACCCAGAGGGUACAGCCCUUCAGGCAGCGCCUAUACUGUCUUUGAGGGGGGUUCCCUGGGGGCUCAGCAGUGCCUGUAGGGCCUGGGAGGUUCUCUGCAGGGUGCAGGCAUUAGGGGAGAAGGGCUGUGGGGCCUGCGAGGGGGCUGAGGCCAUUUGGGGUGUCUGUGGGUGCAGCCCUUUGGGAGAGGACUGAAAGCUUUGAGGGGCGGGAGGAGGGUCCUCCACGUUGGGCCCCCCAGGGGAGGUCCCCAUAAGGAGGGAAGGGAGCGGAGCUGCAGAGCCCCUCGAGGAGCCCCAGGCUGCACUCCCUGCAGGGGGUGACGCACCAGGGGACCCCGCCUGGCCCUCCCGUGCUGGGAACGUGGCCCCGGGCCCUGCGGGGGGAGCAUGGCCUGGGCGCUGAAGCUGCCGCUGGCAGACGAGGUGAUCGAGUCGGGGCUGGUGCAGGACUUUGAUGCCAGCCUGUCGGGCAUCGGGCAGGAGCUGGGAGCGGGAGCCUACAGCAUGAGCGACGUCCUGGCGCUGCCCAUCUUCAAGCAGGAGGAGUCCAGCUUGCCUCCAGAGAACGAGAACAAAAUUCUGCCCUUUCAGUACGUGCUGUGUGCAGCCACAUCGCCUGCUGUGAAGCUGCACGACGAAACACUCACCUACCUCAACCAAGGGCAGUCCUAUGAGAUCCGCAUGCUGGACAAUAGGAAAAUUGGGGAGCUGCCUGAGAUCAAUGGGAAGCUGGUGAAGAGCAUUUUCCGGGUGGUUUUCCACGACCGACGGCUGCAGUACACGGAGCACCAGCAGCUGGAGGGCUGGCGCUGGAACCGGCCUGGGGACAGGAUCCUGGACAUAGAUAUCCCCAUGUCUGUGGGCAUCAUUGACCCAAGAGCCAAUCCCACUCAGCUCAACACCGUGGAGUUUCUAUGGGAUCCUUCAAAGAGGACGUCGGUGUUCAUCCAGGUGCACUGCAUCAGCACCGAGUUCACCAUGCGGAAGCACGGCGGGGAGAAGGGAGUGCCAUUCCGGGUGCAGAUCGACACCUUCAAGGAGAAUGAGAACGGGGAGUACACAGAGCACCUGCACUCAGCCAGCUGCCAGAUCAAGGUGUUCAAGCCCAAAGGAGCCGAUCGGAAGCAGAAGACUGACCGUGAGAAGAUGGAGAAGCGCACCCCGCACGAGAAGGAGAAGUACCAGCCCUCCUAUGAGACCACCAUCCUCACCGAGUGCUCUCCAUGGCCUGAGAUCACCUACGUCAACAACGCGCCGUCCCCCGGCUUCAACAGCUCCCACAGCAGCUUCUCCAUCGGAGAAGGGAAUGGGUCUCCAAACCACCAGCCUGAGCCCCCCCCUCCGAUCGCAGAUGUAAGUCACACUUCAGAGCUUAUGCUUGGGAACCUCCUGCCCACCAGCACUCCCCAGGAGGCCCAGCAGUGGCUGCACCGGAAUCGUUUCUCCACAUUCUCCCGUCUGUUCCGGAACUUCUCAGGUGCAGACUUGCUGAAGCUGACCAGGGAAGAUGUCAUCCAGAUCUGCGGCCCUGCAGAUGGCAUCAGGCUCUUCAACGCACUGAAAGGACGGAUGGUGCGGCCCAGGCUGACCAUCUACGUGUGCCAGGAGUCCCAGCAGCUGCAGGAGCUGCAGCAGAAGCAUGAGGACGGCGAUGCAGUCACCAGCACCUUCUUUGUGUACCACGCGAUCUAUCUGGAGGAGCUGACGGCGGUGGAGCUGACAGAGAAGCUGGCUCAGCUCUUCAGCAUCUCCUCACAGCAGAUCAGCCAGAUUUACAAGCAGGGUCCGACGGGGAUACACGUGCUGAUCAGCGACGAGAUGAUUCAGAACUUCCAGGAUGAAUCCUGCUUUGUUCUGGACACCAUGAAAGCUGAAACCAAUGACAGCUACCACAUCAUCCUGAAGUAGGAGGGGACGGGAUGAGGAACAGCCACAGUCCUCUCAUUGUGUGUGAAUCCCCCUCACUUCCAGCACCAGGACAUGAGAGCAGAGAUCCAGAAGCUCCCACUGGCCUUUUCAAAGCCCCAGAGCUGUUGGUUCUCAGCCCCUUCCUCGCCCUUACAGCUGCAAACCACCCACGGGUGAUGCUCUGCUGACGUCUCCAUGUUGUGCUCUCACGUGGCAGUGAGCAGAGUUCACCUUUGGGACCUCAGAGCUGCACGAGGGCUUUUCGUGGCUCUGUUUUACCAGAAGGCAGCAGCUCCUUUGAGAUUUGGACUGGUGAGUGGAUGUGAAGGAAACCAGCCCAGUGCUCCCAGCCCCGUGGAGCUGAGCGGGUCUGGAACGCACACGUGGAGUGGUGGUAGGAGAGGGCUGGGAGGGAUUUUCUUCAGGACUUUGGUGCGCUGUGAUUUUGAAUGGAAGUUGAUCCCUUAGGCUUUUUCUCCUAUCCACCACCAUGGAAGAGCUGCUGCUGUGUGCAGGUGUGCUGCCAUCCCUCAGAAUCACAGCAUCCUGAGUUGGAAGGGACCCACAAGGAUCAUUGAGUCCAACUCCUGACCCCACACAGGACUUACCCAAAAGCAACCUCCGCUGCUUCUCACGCUCCUUUCCCUCCCUCAUCAGCAUUAGUUGGCACAGGUGUAUAAAGCUGGAGCAGAAUGUGGAACGAAAUGGAGCUGGAGAGAAAAGCAGCUCACGUGGUUUGCCUGGAGGAUUCUUUUCUGCACAUUUUUGUGCUGUCAAGUGAAAGGGAGAAAGAUUCAGGUGUCUUGGUUGGAAAUCUGAAGCUGUAUCUACGUGCUGAGCUGUUUGCUACCUUUGCAUCCUCCUGCCUCAGCUCUGAAGAUGGAGGUGGGGAGGAGUGAGAUGAGUUUGAGGGAGACUCAGCUGGAUUCAGUGGAACGCUCAAUAGGAGACUCAGCUGAGCUCAGCGUGAAGCUCAGCUCAGUGAGAGACUCAGGACUCGGUGGAGGCUCAGCUCAGCGGGGUUCUCAGCUCAAUUCAAGAGGAGGCUCAGCUGAAUGAAGACUCACCUUGUCUCAGAGGGACGCUCAGCUCAGCUCAGAGGCAGCUCAGCUCAGUGAAGGACUGGGACUGGGUCAAUUCAAUGGGGCACUCAGCUUAAUUCAACAGAAUGCUCGUCGUGAGGCUCAGCUCAGCUCAGCUCAAUGAAGACUCACCUCGACUCAGAGGGACACUCAGCUCAGCUCAAAGGCAGCUCAGCUCAGUGAGGGACUGGGUCAAUUCAAUGGGGCACUCAGCUCGACUCAAGGCUUGUCGUGAGGCUCAGCUCAGCUCAAUGGAGGCUCAGCUCAGUGGAGACUCAACUCAGUGUGAUGCUCAGCUCAGUGAAGACUCACUUCAAUUCAGAGGGACGCUUAGCUCAGCUCAAAGGCAGCUCAGCUCAAUGAGGGACUGGGACUGGGUCAGUUCAAUGAGGCACUCAGCUCGACUCAACAGAAGGCUCAAUGUGAGGCUCAGCUCAUCGUGAGGCUCAGCUCAGUGGAGACUCAGCUCAGCUCAAAGGCAGCUCAGCUCAGUGAGGGACUGGGUCAAUUCAAUGGGGCACUCAGCUUAAUUCAACAGAAGGCUCAUCGUGAGGCUCAGCUCAGCUCAAUGGAGGCUCAGCUCAGUGGAGACUCGACUCAAUGUGAUGCUCAGCUCAGUGAAGACUCACCUCGACUCAGAGGGACACUCAGCUCAGCUCAAGGGCAGCUCAGCUCAGCGAGGGACUCGGACUGGGUCAGUUCAACCCCACAGAAGCCUCAAGUGAGGCUCAGCUCAGCUCAAUGGAGGCUGAGCUCACUGGACACUCAGCUCCUUGGGAAGGAACCGGAGCUGCCUCCCUCGCUCGGGGCGCUCGGUGCUCCCCUGUAGGGUGGUUUGGUAACUCCGAGGGGUGGAGGUGGGGGGGCUGCUGUGCGUUCCAUGCUGUUCUGUAACGGAGCCGUGGGGCAGCAGGUAAAGUUUUGUACGGACGCUG